AUGGCUUGUAUUGCCGUCUAUUUACUCUUUCUACUCUCUUAUUCUUACCCCCUCAUUCCCUGUCGCCAGGAACCUCUCUCCUCGCCGGCGGGAUCCUCCAAUCCCGCAGCAGGAUGGUCAUUCCUUCAUCCGGCGAUUUCAUUUCAAGGGGAAUCUCAUGGGUGCUCGUCAAAGAAAUCAUAA